CCGUUCGUCGCGGAAACGUUCGUGAGGUACCGAUAUACCGAGCUGUUACGCUGUAAUAAUAAAUAAAUAAUAAUAACAUUACCGUUUUAUUACUGCUAUAAAUAUAUAUAUAAUAUACAUAAUAGUGACGGCUCGUACUCAUUACCAGUCGUGAUUUCGGCGAGAGAUCUAUAAAAUAAUAUUAUUUUUGACAUGCGACACGACCGAGACUAUUAUUAUACAACAGUGUUGCUACCGCGACUCUUUUUGUGCCGGGUACGAUGACGACAACGACGAAUAUAACGUGAGUAAUUGUUUUACAGACUGGGCCGCAAUGAGUUGUGUUCCUUGCGUAGAUCCAUGUAGUUCCGUGUCCAAAGAUGAUUUGGACAGGUGGACGAAUAGUCUGAAACACGUUUUGGCCAAUCAAACGGCCAUGAAAAUGUUUGAAGACUAUUUGCAGGCGUGUAAAUUGGAUUCUGUGGACAUUUUGGAGUUGUGGAAAAUGUGCGACGGCUUAUUGCGCUACGUACAUCACAAGAAGAUCGAAAACGAAUCGUCAAAAAUUAAAAAUGACUACAUCGCCAUUGUAGAAUGUGCCGGUGAUAUGGAGGGAUUGACGGAACACCAGUUGCGCCGGUUGGAAGAAACUAAAAACAGUGGGCCGAAGAAGAUAUUAGCCCGCGUCGAGAAACUACGUCAGACAGCUUACGAACUGAUGCAGCACGACUAUGGAUUGUUUAGGAAAAAGUUGUUAAAAGAUCACAAAAUCGCGAAAAAAUAACGUUUUUGUUUGAAUCGAAAUAUUAUUACGUAUGUCUAAGAUAUUUAUUUUCUAUAUUUUAUAAUUUAUUUGAAGUACAAAAUACAUGUUUGUUUAAUAUUAUUUAUA